AUGACGGACUCUCCCCAGCCGGCGGCAUCCUCUGGCGCAUCGCCGCCGGUGCUGGCACCCAACCUCGAGACGCAGCUCACCUGCUCGAUCUGCACCGACGUCCUCUACCAGCCCCUCACCCUCCUUGACUGCCUGCACACCUUCUGCGGCGCCUGCCUCAAGGAAUGGUUCCGCUUUCAGGCCCUCCGCGUUGAGUCCUCCCCCGGCCCCCCGCCCCCUCCCGGAACGCCCGUCUUCACCUGCCCGAGCUGCAGGGAGAGCGUGCGGGACACGAGGCACGACGCGAGAGUCUUUAGUCUGCUGGACAUGUUCUUAGCGCUGAACCCCGGCGCGGGCAAGAACGAGGCCGAGAAGAGCGAGAUGGAUUCAAGGUAUAGGCGCGGGGAGCAGGUCAUGCCGAGGGUGGAAAGGAUCGAGGGGCGGAGUGAAGAGGAAAGGAGGCUGGAUGAGGAGGAGAGGAGGAUGAUUGAGGAGGUGAGAGCUGUUAGCUUGAGGGAGGCGACGGAACGGGCGGCCGGGGGGAGGGGAGGGAGUAGUAGGGAGGAAAGUCGGGUGAGGAGUGAGAGAGACGGUGGGAGGAGGAGGAGGAGGAGCGAGUCAAGGCGGAGGGACGAGCAGCGUGAUCCGGAUCGUGCGAGGGCGCGGCAGGUCGAGCACCAGUCGUCGCUGCGGAAUCUGAUUAGCUCCGGUGGGAUGGACGCGCGGGAUAUUGAGAGGGAGAUUGAGGAGUUUGCGAGGCAGAUCCAAGAGGAGGGAUUGCUGGACGGACUGGACCUGGAUAACCUCGACCUGGAGAACAACGACGAGCUCAGCCGCAAAAUCACCGAGGCGUACAGGAGACGGCAACGCGAGAGGAGGAGGGACGGCGGGAGGAGGAGUAAUGCGAGCGCCCACUCGCACCGGUCAGAGAUUUCGGCGCGGCCGAGGUCCAGGGCAGACGAAGCUUCGUCGCGCCCCACGAGCAGGCACACGGCUCGUUCUCGCGCGCCGAGCGCGAGCGACAAUGAGGACCGAGGCCGGUAUCCGCCUUCUACUUCAGCGCAUCUUGAGGUUCAGGAAGCAUCCAGGAGGCGAAGGACGCCGAGUGGCAGUCGAAGUGCGACCCUGCCUGUUGUCCCCGCCGCGGCUGAGGUCAGAGUCGGAGGUCGCUCGCAGACAGACCUCACGUCCAGGCUAGGGACGGCCGAGUCGCAUGCGAGGAGGCCGAGUAUGGGCGUCGACGCUAGAAGCUCAAGCUCGCCCACGACGGCCACGGCUCCUGUUACCCGUGGGGAUUCCCCGGCUAACCGGGCAAUUUCCUUCAGCGCUCGAGCAGCAGCAGGUUUGGGAGUCGCGCAGUCGCAACCUGAGGCUCGCUCGAGUUCGACCAGCAGCAGACAGAGGUCGGAUUGUCCCGCAGCCCUCGACAUCCGCCCAGAGUCGCCCAUUCUCGGCUCUACCUCUACACCAACAAGUCCAGCCCUUGUAUCGCCGCCCCUUGCCUCGCCCCGACGGCAUCAGCUCCCACGAUACAAAGAACCGCUCAUCAACUGCAACACGUGCUCCAGAGAGCACAUCGAAUACGAGCUGCACUUUAACUGCUCCGUCUGCCACAACGGCGACUGGAAUAUUUGCAUGGAUUGCUGGCACCGACGCAAGGGUUGCCUGCACUGGUUUGGCUUCGGCCAAGCAGCCUGGGCCCGCUGGGAGAAGCAGAACCGCACCGGGCCUCCCAUCCCUCCUCCGCAUAUGCUCACGGCCAACCGGUACCUCCCCGCAAAAACCAUCAGGGGCGGCGCCGACGGCCGCCGCGUACUCACGACCGAGAACCCCCUCGACCGCCUGCAGAGCGGCACCUUCUGCUGCAGCUGCUCAGCCUGGACCAAUGAGUGCUACUGGCGCUGCAGCAUUUGCAAUGACGGCGAAUGGGGGUUCUGCAGCGACUGCGUGAACCAGGCCAGGUGUUGCUCCCACCCGCUGCUCGCGCUGGCGUACCGUCCCCCUUCCCCGCCGCACGCCGGAGCCAACAACACCGCGACAACAGCAUCAGGAGCGGGGACGACGAUACCAAUUGGCAACUUCCACCCCUUAACCCCCAACCCCUGCUGCUCGCACUGCCGCAUCCCUAUCCCAUUAUCCUCCUCCCACUACCACUGCUCCACCUGCCCUCCACCCCUCCCCCAGCCAGACAUCUCCCUACCGGGAGGCUAUAAUCUGUGCGAUAGCUGCUACACCACCUUCGUCUCAGAUGGCUCCAUCAGCUAUGAAAACGGCCCUAGCGGAUGGCGGCGGUGUCCGCAGGGCCACAGGAUGGUGAUAGUUGGCUUUGCGCCCGACGACAGUACUAAAAACCCCAACGUCAACGAGAUCGACAGCAGGAGGACACGCGGCGGCACGGGCUAUCUCAGGCGAAAGGUUGUCCGGGAUCUCGUGGGCGGGCGCAGGUUGAGGUUCGACGAGUAUAAGCCGCCAGCGCCACAUCAUCCACCACAACAACAUCAACCGCAACAGAGCCAGGGACGAGACGGGGUGCAGGUGCAGUUGUGCUGGUGGCUGGAGGAAGGGACUGGGCGGAGGAUGGAAAGGUUGUUUCCGAACGACGUGGGCGUGUCCACGGCUGUGAUGGGCGGUGACGGGGGAAGGUUUACAAAAACUUUUCCGCCUGAUGGAGGCACUGGACACAGGGCGGUGGCCGGGUGGGGGUGGAUUCCUGCUGCUAGUGUUGAGGAUGAGUUGAUGUUUCCCAAAGGCGCCGAGGUGCUUGAGGUGGAGGAUGUCAAUGGGGAGUGGUUCCAUGGAUUCUAUAUGGGUGCGCAAGGGCUGUUUCCGGCGCCGUAUGUGCGGCUUGUGGGGAGAUGA